GUUCACCAGCCAUCCGCCUAUGAUAUGGAUCUGAAUGGUGGCAGCAGCGGGACCAGGCAGCGUGGACAGUCAAGCUAUCCAAAUUCUGGUCGUUUUCGAAAUACGCCCAGUCAAUCCGCGCAGGGUACGGCAUCAACAUCAAUCGAAGUGGAUGGGGACUAGUUCUAUCCUAUCACAUACAAUUCGAUGGAGAUUCCAGAAUCAGCAAAACAUAGUAGGCAGGCGGGCCAUCUUCCAUUGGACGAUGCCACUCCAUUCCCAGCAAAAGGCCCCGAAGCAGGAUUGAUAGACGCAUACGGAAAAUCCUCGUGUAUCGUUGAUGAUCAGUAGAAAACGUGUGGCAUGCAGUAGUGACCUUGAGCAGACAACAGUCUUCGGAAACACCUCUACCUCGGCAGCCUUUGACAUACUGAGAUGCGAUGUCUGCAGUGGAGAUAUACCUAGGUAGUGAUAUAGUGAAUGCGUGAAUCCCGCUUCUUUACCAUCAGGGGGUUUGUGAAAGAGUAUGAAAGUUCCAUGGUAAUGUGUAUAUAGAAGCCCUUCUGUGAUGAUUGAAUGCUGGAGGAAAUCAAGAAACGGGUAGGUAGGUAUUAUUAGUACUGUACUGAUUUCAGACUUCACUCCAAACUUGACUCAGUCUUUCAUUUCAGACUUCACUCCAUCCUUCACUCUAACCUUCACUCCAUCUUUCAUUUCAGACUUCACUCCAUCCUUCACUCUAUCCAUCCCUCCCCUCGUGACGCCAUCUCGGAUUCCUAUUUUGCCCCCGUCGAAAGAAGCUUGGGCCAUCUCCAGUCUCCAUCUUUCCCAAUGCAGCUCCUCUUCGAUCAUCAAUGCAAUAUCGACGCGAGACAAGGAUCAAUUAUUCUGGACGGAAUCUUCAGAUCCGGAUGACACGAUAAUUUAUACUUUUCGGUGCCUCUUUUGGCUCUUACAUGACGAUAUAAAGUCGGCGAAGGAGCAAAGCUAUAUCUUCAAAGCUUUACUCCUCAAACAUCACUCGGUACAACUUGUGAAUACUUCGAUAAUUCACAUUUCAGAACCUUCUCUGCCAGCACAUCCUGAUUGAAAGCUGCACAACUUCUUCGACAUGGCUCCUAAGAAGACUGCGAGUACAGUCUCGAAAGCAGCUGAGCCUCAUGGAUAUGAAUUUGGCGGACCACUGGGAGCUUUCGGUAUAUCUUUCGGACUACCCCUUCUUUGCUACGCCACGACCUUUCUCUGCAAUGACAUUUCUGGUUGUCCAGUUCCCUCUUCGCUCUCUCCUUCGACGCUUACGAUCGACAAUCUUAAACAAGAGGUUGGAUGGCCCGCAAAUGGACUCGCGGGCUUGUUAAGCUGGGAUGUGUUUCUCAAAGUAAUGGGCUACUACUUUCUGAGCAUGGUUUUACACAGAGUUUUGCCAGGUGAAGAGAAGUUAGGUGUCGAACUCGCAAGUGGUGGAAAGCUCAAGUACAAAUUCAAUACUUGGUCUUCUACAAUGUUUACAUUUGCUCUAUGCGCCGCAGGAACUAUUGCCCAAGGAGCAGACUUCCCAGUCUGGACUUUCAUCUACGACAAUUACCUACAAAUACUUACCGCAAACAUCAUCAUCUCCUACGGUCUCGCAACUUUUGUCUACAUCCGCAGUUUCAGUGUUAAGCCCGGUAACUCUGAACUGCGCGAGUUGGCUGCUGGCGGUCAUUCUGGGAAUAUGCUAUAUGAUUGGUUUAUUGGACGAGAACUCAAUCCAAGAGUGACUCUCCCGUUACUUGGCGAAAUUGACAUUAAAGAAUUCUGUGAGCUACGACCAGGUCUCAUGGGAUGGCUUCUGAUGGAUUAUGCAUUUGUCGCUCACCAAUACAAGACUUACGGAUAUAUCACCGACAGUAUCACGUUGAUUACAGCAUUUCAAACACUAUACGUGCUUGAUUCAUACUGGAUGGAAAAUGCUAUCCUCACUACCAUGGACAUUACCACGGAUGGCUUCGGACUCAUGUUAUCAUUUGGAGACUUAGUCUGGGUUCCAUUUGUUUAUUCUCUUCAAGCUCGUUACCUUGCCGUCUACCCACUUUCCCUCGGCGUAUUUGGCACCAGCGGCGUUCUAGCAGUUUUAGCUACAGGAUAUUAUAUUUUCCGUGGCGCCAAUAACGAAAAGAACCGCUUCAGAACUGACCCAACAGACCCUCGUGUCGCACAUCUCAAGUACCUCGAGACAAAAUCCGGCUCCAAACUUCUCAUUUCCGGCUGGUGGGGUGUAGCUCGUCAUAUUAACUAUGCUGGUGAUUGGAUCAUGGCUUGGUCUUAUUGUCUUCCUACUGGUAUUGCUGGUUAUUUAAUCAACCACAGCUCAGUGGCCCCCACAUCAGGUCAAUCCCUCGCAGAUGGAUCUUUCGUGUACAGUGGACCAGCAGUACAUACAGAAGUCACGCAAGGUGCAGCUAGGGGCUGGGGUAUGAUCAUCACAUAUUUCUAUGUGGUUUACUUUGGAGUCCUGUUGGUGCAUAGAGAAAUGAGAGACGAGGAGAAGUGUGAGAGAAAGUAUGGCGAGGACUGGAAGAGAUACAAGGAGAUUGUUAGAUACAGAAUCAUUCCAGGUAUCUAUUAGAGCAAUAGGCAAAUAGGUAUAGGCUAAGAGCAUGGAGGAGGGGCUUGGUAAUUGCAUCUUUUUAUAGAUGGCUGACAAGAAUAGAGGAGAGAGCGCGUACAAGAGAUUUAAUAUGUCUGCAACAGAUUUUGUUUUUGGGGAUUUCGACAGCGUCUUGUUUGUUUCUACAUUUGUAUACCGUCGUUCUCCAAGGAAGGGAAUCUGGAAAAUCUAUUGAGCACAGGUGGUAAAUAGAAACUUUACCACUUACUUAUUCUUUCUGAUUCAUCUGAAGCAGGUCAGAGUAAAGCGCAAUCACUGAGCUCAUUGCCAUAUCUGUCGUAUGUAAGAAUUGGCCUAGAAACUGGAAAUCUAGAACAGGAGGAUAAAGAACGACGGCGCUAUUGGGAGAAAUCUACGUAGCUACAUUCAACCAGAGGAAAUAUCGCAGUUUUGAAGAAAUAAGACCAACA